AGAGAGGGGGCGACACGAUAGUACGACGCGAAGACCGAAGUCGCAUAGACGUGUAGCUAGAGAACCGAGAGUACGUUUUCGAACGUACGUUCCAACUUUGAAUUUGCCGCGCUGUGAAUCCGAGUGAUUUUAUGAAAUUUUGAAUUUGGAAUGCCUAGUGAUUUUUUCGUUUCGUGAAAUUAAAAUGUGAGUUGCCAGUGAGUUGUGAAUUGAAAAGCUGGCAGUAUGGUGGAUGUAGGUGUGAACGAGUGUGAUAAUUCGGCGAAUGGGAGGAACCAAUUUGUGUUUUUAGUUCUUGUGCAUCUGUUGCUAAUUGGACUGAAUGGAACCAAUGCCCAAAACCGUGCACCUCGCAUCAAAGAGCACCCGUCCAACACGGUGUCGGGGCGCAGCGAGCCGGCCACGCUGCGCUGCGCGGUGGAGGGCCGGCCCAAGCCCGCGGUCACCUGGUUCAAGGACGGCGCUCAGCUGCCGCCGGCUGAGGACGGCCAUAGGGUUGUUUUGGAGGAUGGAUUGCUGUUUUUGAGGGUGAACCGGGGCAAGAAGGACAGCGACGAGGGCGUGUACUGGUGCGCGGCGCGCAACGUGGCCGGCGACGCCGUCAGCCGCAACGCCACGCUCGCCGUCGCUGUUCUUCGCGACGAAUUUAGAGCAGAACCCAGAGAUAUUCAAGUGGCCGCAGGUGAACCUGCUCUUCUAGAAUGUUCGCCACCCAAAGGUGUUCCAGAACCUUCUGUACAUUGGUUAAAAGACGGCCAACAGUUCGACGUGGAAGUCAAUGGAAGGGUAACAGUAACAGAAAGCGGAAGUUUGAGGAUACUCGAAACGCUGCCCACGGACAGUGGUUUGUUCAGAUGUGUGGCAUCAAAUGUCGCCGGAGAGAGGCAGUCUCGGGCUGCGGCGUUAAUAGUCCUGCGACGGCCACAUUUUAUGGUCAAGCCCAGCAAUCUUACAGCGUUGCUCGGACAAAAUGUGGAAUUUAAUUGUCAGAGUCAUGACCCUAGUGUGACAAUAACAUGGAUAAGGGAAGGCGGUCCGCUGCCGCAGCACGCGAGCAUUUCGCGCGGGGUGCUGCGGUUCGAGCGGGUCUCGGCCCACGACGCCGGCGUCUAUUCCUGUCGCGCAGACAGCCACGCCGGCACCAGCAUCGCCAGUGCCACUCUCACUGUUUACUCGUUACCACACUUCACACAAAUACCGUCAAACUUGACCGCUUGGGAGGGAGAUGUGGUAUCCAUACCGUGUGAGGCUAAAGGCUUACCCACACCCACAACGUUUUGGAUACUAGAAGGCGUCCAAGACUCUUUGUUGUUCCCCGAAUGCACUAAGAGCAAUACGAGCUUGUUGUAUUUGGACGGAGCUAAGCCGGAACACAGUGGUCGAGUUAUUUGCACAGCCGUCAACUCAGCCGGGAGUAUUAUGCAGGCGUCUUAUCUUAAUGUGCUCAAGAAGGGACGCAAUGAUCUCAAAGAAACUUCUUUAGACUACGACUCAAGUGCGCCGAAUGAGCGCAUCGGUCAGAUGACGCAAUACGAAUUGGUUCAAGCAAGAAAGUAUUUACAACAAAAUGUUAUAGUUUUACGACGAGUAGAUACAGUCUCGCCUACUGCGGUCAAAAUCGUUUGGGAUGUUAUGACCGAUUACAACGAAUACUUAGAAGGUGUCAAGAUCUGGUACAAUGGCACGACAAUGAACUGGCGUAACACGAGUGACGAAUCAGCUAAUCUAAAUAGCUCGCACUCCGAUUACGUAUUGUGCUCUAAUGGGUCACUGAUGAAUGUUGAUAACAGCGGUUCGUCUAGUUACUUGCUGUCUGGGUUGAUGCCCUACACGCAAUACGACAUUUUCCUUAUGCCCUUCUACAAAAUGUUGCUGGGCAAACCCUCCAAUCUGAUGGCUGGUUUUACUGAAGAAGAUAUCCCGUCGGCCCCGCCGCAGAGUGUAACAGCUGGUGUCAUUAACACGACCUCCGCCUGGAUCCGAUGGGAACCGCCGCCUGUGAGCACUUGGAACGGGGAACUUACAGGGUACUUGAUUGAAAUCCGCGUAAGCAGUUCGUCAGGAGGCAGAGUGGUGGGUCAAAUGUCACUCGGAGCCAAGACGCGAGCGGCGGCAGCCAGUAGCCUGCGUCCAGGUGGGCGGUACACCGUCAGAGCCGCGGCCACCACCAAGCUCGGCCGAGGACCGUUCAGCAGCCCCGCGCAGAUCCACAUGAUACCCGUCCACAUGCAAAGGCAGUUUGUGCAAACCGAACCACCGAAAGACGCUGAUAUCACUCAUAUAUUCCAAGAGACGUGGUUGCUGGCGCUGUGUCUCACACUGCUAUCAGUUAUCGUCAUUGGAUUGAUCAGUUUUUAUUAUAUCAAAAAACGAAACAGUAUGCAGAGGAAAAAACCAAGCAGUCAGUCAAUUGUCACAGCACAGCGUUGUUUAUUGAAUAAGGACACCAUUUGGCUUCGGGAGCGGCCGAUGUUUUCGACUUCCAACAACCCCACUUUAGAUGUCAUGAGCUGUCAUCAAAGUCUUCUUCAUAACGGUCAAUCAACGAGUAUUCUAAGUGUGGAGCCUGAGUACAGUUUGCCUCAGAACUCUAUCCAGGGAAUCGACGCGACCAGUGUCGACAGACUUCGGCGGGGCCCGCCCGAGCCAUAUGCGUCCAGUGCUAUUUACACUGAACUAACAUUCAAGGACAACAACGACGUAUCCGACUUGAGGAGUUGUCCAGAAAGACGAUCUCACAACAAUAGCAUCGUAAGAUCUUGCAACGGCAGCAUACAAUACUCCAAUGGGGAAUGCUCAACAUGCUGUCACAGCACAUCCAGUCGAUCUACUAAAGAUUAUAGAGAGCCCAACAGAUGUCACGAAAGCCUGCAUAAUGAAAUGAAUAUAGUAGAAGAUGACUGUCAGUCUUGUAAUACAAAUAGAUCAGGAUCAAGGAGCAGACAAGACAAAAGCAAGGUGUCUCCAGCAAAUGAUAUAGAGUAUGAUUACCCACAAUGGCACUGGUUGGGACGUGAAAAUAGUUUCAAAAUUCCAAUCCAAGCGAGGCAUUCGAAUGUCGGGAAAUCCGACCAGGGUUGCCAAAUCAACUUGUGCGAUAUAUUACCACCACCACCAUACGAGAGCCCCGAGAAGAAUUAAGGAUCAGUUGUAAUGAUAUAUAGUUUAAAUACGUAGUCAAAUGAUGCUAAGCGUAAUAAGGUUGUCAAUCACUAAUAGAGUACGUAAUACGAAGCAAUAUUGUAGGAUACCUAUUCUUGUAGAAUUGAAUUGCAAAUUGGUAAUAGUAGUUUUGAACUUUAGAGGAGAUAAUGAACAUUUUGAUACUUAUGUAUGUUAUUCCUAACUAUAAUCUAGUCACCGUGUAUAGGACUAGCAUAGCCACGUGGAAAAAUAUUUCCUGAUUCUUAAUUUUGUACAUAUCCGAAAUCAACAAAGUACGACUGGUUGUUAUUGUAUAUUCCUUUUACGUGAAUGUUUGUAACAUUAGGACUGCCCUGCAUUUCACUGCCAUAUUUAAGUAGUUGUAGUAUAUUAGUUGUUUAAUCUUUGACUGUGAUAUUUAUAUUAAAAUGUGUAUUAGUAGUUAUUGUACCCUUAGACUAAGUAAAACACCCAUGUACUCUCUUACAAACAUUUUCCAAAAUUUUUACCCUUUUCUUACCGCCAUAGUUCUGUAACCCAGAUAUUUUCUGAUAAUGCAAUGUUGUUUCUUAAACUGAACUUUAUCCUGAAAAUAUAUAAAAUUUAAAA